AUCUGCCUUCUGCGCGAGUGAAGAGUUAAGAACAGCCGUAAGUCCGCGACUGUGCGAGGCGGCGAGCUCAGCCAUCGACCUGAAGAAUGACAGAAAUCGAAAGUAAGAUAAGUGAAAGUGGGACUUCAAAUGAUACCAUACAUAAUACUUCAUCUCCGAAUGAAGUUGAAGUUGACAUUGAAGCUUCAAAGAAAAGAAAAGCCAUGGAACCUAGGGCUGCUUGUUGGAAGCAUUUUGAGAAAUUCAUCGAUAAAGAUGGAGCUACUAAAGCAAAAUGUAAUUAUUGUGGAAAAACGUAUGCUGCUGCUACAAAAGGUAAUGGUACUUCCGCUAUGAAUAACCAUAUGACUAAAAAAAAGUGUCCUAACUUUCCCUCUACCCAAGAUUAUGGUCAGAAAUUAAUAAAUUUUUUACCAUCUUCAACGGGAGAAAAGGAAGGGGUGAUUAGCACUUGGAAAUUUGAUCAAGCACAAAGUAGAAGAGCUUUAGCUCAAAUGAUAAUUGUUGAUGAGUUGCCAUUUAGUAUUGUUGAGAAGGAAGGUUUUAGGAAUAUCAUGAAAGUUGUAGUGCCACAAUUUCAUAUUCCUUCUCGUAGAACUUUGACAAGAGAUUGUUAUGAACUUUAUAGUGAAGAAAAAAAACUCUUGAAGAAGUCUUUCAAAGAAGCACGUCCAAAAGUUUGUCUUACGACAAAUACUUGGACGUCUAUUCAAAGAAUUAACUACUUGUGUCUAACAGCCCACUUUAUAGAUAGAAAUUGGACUUUGCAUAAAAGAAUUCGAAAAUUUUGUCCUAUUUCUAGUCAUAAAGGUGAUGAGAUGGCAGCUUCCAUUACUAAUUGUUUGCUUGAUUGGGGUUUGGAUAAUGUGUUUACCAUAACAGUUGAUAAUGCUAGUUCCAAUAGUGUUACUGUUAAAGAAAUAUCUAAGCAACUGACUAAUUGGGGAACCAACAUAAUGGAGGGUCAACAUCUUCAUGUGAGGUGUAUGGCACAUAUUCUUAAUCUUAUUGUGCAAGAUGGGUUGAAGGAAGUUGGUCAGUCAGUCAAGCGAGUGAGACAAGCCGUGAAAUACAUUAGACAAUCUCCUGCAAGAAUUAAAAAAUUUAAAGAAUGUUGUGAAUCUAAAUUGAUAACUUGUAAGAAAUCAUUAUGUUUAGAUGUUCCUACUAGGUGGAACUCUACAUACUUGAUGUUUGAUACUACACAACACUUUGAACUUGCAUUUGAAAGAUAUUGUUUUUAUGAUAAUGGGUUUCUUGAUUAUCUCCAUACCCAUGAUUGUGAAGAUGGAACUAAAGCAGGUGUCCUCACUAGUGUUGAUUGGGAAAAUGUGAGGUCAAUGAUUAAGUUUCUUGAAACUUUUUAUACACUUACUUUGAAGGUCUCUGGUUCAAAGUAUGUUACAAAUAAUGUGCACUUUGUGGAAAUUGUUGAGCUUGAUCUUAUUUUGAAAGAGAUGACAGAAAAUGAAGAUUCUAAUUUGAAAAAAAUGGCAGAAAGUAUGAGAGACAAAUUCAGAAAAUAUUGGGGAGAACUAGAUAACAUGAACAAAAUGAUUUUUACAUCAGCUGUGUUGGAUCCUCGAAACAAGCUUGAUUAUGUUCAUUUUGCAAUUGGUGAUAUGUUUGGAAAAACAAUUGGGGAGCCACUUGUUGAUGCAGUGGAUAAAUAUAUGAAAGCUUUGUUUGAUCAUUAUGUUAAGAAAUCAUCAAAAGUCUCUUUAUUUUCAUCAUCUCCACCUACUUCAUCUGGGAACUCAUCGAGUAUAUCUAAUGUGAGCGAUGAUGACAACUUUCAAAAAAGAGGAUCAAUGAGAACGAAGCUAGAAUUUGUGAGGCAUAAAGUAGUUAGUGGAAGUUCAAGUAGUAAAUCAGAGUUGGGUAGAUAUCUUGCUGAAGAUGUUGAACCAGAGACUGAUGAUUUUGAUAUAUUAAAGUGGUGGAAAUUUAAUGAGCCAAGAUUUCCUAUUCUUUCUGAGAUGGCUCGUGAUGUAUUAGUCAUUCCUAUUUCAAGUGUCGCAUCUGAAUGCGCAUUUAGCACAGGAGGUCGCAUUCUUGAUCCUUUUAGGAGUUCAUUGACUCCAAAACUAGUGCAAGCUCUUAUUUCUCUUCAAGAUUGGUAUAGAAGUGAACCAAUUCCAAUUAAUGUUGAGGAAGAUCUAGAGUAUCUUGAGCUACUUGAACUUGAUAUGGCUCAUAGUGGAAUUGAAUCUAUUAUUGUGGAUGUGUAG